AUGCGUACACACACUGGGGAGAAGCCUUUUGUGUGCACGAGUUGUGGUAAAAGAUUCACCCAGAAGGGAAAUUUAAAGAGACACACAAGAACACACACUGAAGGGAAGCCAUUUGCCUGCACACAUUGUGGUAAAAGAUUCACUGACAAGACUGAUUUAGAAAGGCAUAAGCCUACACACACUGGAGAAAAGCCUUUUGCCUGCACACUUUGUGAUAAAAAAUACUCCUCGAAAGCCAAUUUAAACAUUCACACAAGAACACACACUGGAGAGAAGCCUUAUGCCUGCACACUCUGUGGUAAAAGAUGCACCCAUAAGGGAGGUUUAAACUAUCACAUAAGCACACACACUGGAGAGAAGCCUUAUGCCUGCACACAUUGUGAUAAAAAGUUCUUCGCGAAGGCAGAUUUAAACAUUCAUACAAGAACACACACUGGAGAGAAGCCUUAUGCCUGCACACUUUGCGAUAAAAGAUUCAUCGAGAAGGGACUUUUAAACAGACACACAAGAACACACACUGGAGAGAAGCCUUAUGCCUGCACACUUUGCGAUAAAAGAUUCUUCGAGAAGUUUAGUUUAGAGAAACACACAAUCAAACACACUGGAGAGAAGCCUUAUGCCUGCUUACUUUGUGAUAAAAAGUUCUUCGUGAAGGCAAAUUUAAACAUUCACACAAGAACACACACUGGAGAGAAGCCUUAUGCCUGCACACUUUGUGAUAAAAAGUUCUUCGCGAAGGGUAAUUUAAAGAAGCACACAAUCAAACACACUGGAGAAAAGCCUUAUGCCUGCACACUUUGCGAUAAAAGAUUCAUCGAGAAGGGACUUUUAAACAGACACACCAGAAACCACACUGGAGAGAGGCCUUUCGCCUGCACACUUUGUGGUAAAAGAUUCACUCGGAAUACUGAUUUAGAAAGGCAUAAGCGUACGCACACUGGAGAAAAGCCUUUUGCCUGCUCACUUUGUGAAGAUCUUCACCCUGAGAAGCAUGAUCCCCUUCGCGUUAAAAAGGAGGAGUCAGACAUGCCGUGGAUCAAACAGGAGGCGGAGCCAGAGACCCCUGACAUGAAAGAAGAAAAACAGGAAGUUGAAAUCCUCAAGUUUCCAAUGGGUGUCAGUGUAAAGAGCGAAGAAGACAAAGAUCUGCACCCGCGGCUCCACCCGGGCUGGUAUGGGGCUAGAUCAGUCUUCUAG